UGUUAUGACUGCAAGGUCCUGUUUCAAUCACUGGCGUCAGACGGACGCACGACAUCAACUCAAACCUUUUCACCUUCGCCUCCUCAUCAACGUAAAUAUUGACUGAAACGCGAGGCAUUACCGAGCAACUUCUGGGGGUGUUUUACUUUGAAAGUGCUUCACGGGACUUAAAUAAUAUCCUUCGUCGUGUCACUUUGAGGUUCCGACGGAUUUUUUUCGCUUUUACGCACCGACACUUGGAUAUAUAACUUUUCCUCUUUUAUAUCAGAGUGGCUGCUUAAAGCAGACCCGUCUCUGACCUUCACUACUCGCAUUAUUGUAACAUUUAUCGGAUAAAACAAUCAUUUCCCCUUUAAGGGUCCUUUCCAACUUUUUUCCCUUUUCUUUGAAUGCGUUGCAAAUAUGAUGAUGUCACCGACGCCUCUUUUUCCUGAAGUUAUGGCGGAGCACAACUUUUCUAACUUCUCUUGACCAUUGCAAGGACUUGGUUUUUCUAAUGGAGCAUCUUCAGGGAGCGUGGAAGACCCUGAGCAACGGCUUCGGUGUGAAGGACUCUGCGUUUGAGGGCCCAUGCCUUUCCCCGACCAUGGUCCAGGGCUUUUCCUGCCAGCGUCGCUCCUCAGAUGACAGCAAGAUGCCGGACUCUAAGACUAGCAGCACUAUCCGUGUCUACCUCCCAAACCAGCAGCGCACCGUGGUAAAUGUGCGACCAGGUAUGACUCUAUACAGUUGCCUGAUUAAAGCAUUAAAGGUGCGAGGUCUGCAGCCUCAGUGCUGCGCUGUCUUCAGGCUGCAUCCAGGACAGAGGAGUAAAAAGCUUCGGAUGGAUUGGAACACUGGCUCCACCUCGCUCAUUGGUGAAGAGCUGCUGGUGGAGGUUCUAGAUCACGUUCCCUUGACGACACAUAAUUUUGUUCGGAAAACAUACCUAAAACUAGCUUUCUGUGACAUUUGCCAGAAGUUUCUUUUGAAUGGUUUCCGUUGCCAAACAUGCGGCUACAAGUUCCACGAGCAUUGUAGCACCAAGGUGCCCACUAUGUGUGUGGACUGGAGCAAUAUUCGACAACUUCUGUUGUUUCCGACACCUGGCGAGAGCUCCGCCCCAUCACUGCCCCCGCUGACAUCCCGGCGAAUGAGAGAGUCCUUAACACGGUUUCCAAGCUCAGCCCACCGAUAUUCCACCCCUCAUGCCUUCAACUACACCACGCCCUACCCACCCACAGGCGGCGGUCUCUCCCAGAGGCAGCGCUCCACCUCCACACCCAAUGUCCACAUGGUUAGCACCACCCUGCCUGUAGACAGCAGCAUGAUCGAGGAUGCAAUGCGUGACCAUGACUCAGCAGGAAGUUCCCCAAGCCAGAGUCCCACUGGCUGGACCCAGACCCAGUCCAAAGCCCCUGCACCUGCCCAGCGAGAGAGGGCUACUUCCUUCAACACUCAGGAGAAAAAUAAAAUUAGGCCUCGGGACAAGAGGGACUCGAGCUACUACUGGGAGAUCGAGGCCAGCGAGGUGUACCUGCACUCCCGCAUUGGUUCAGGCUCCUUUGGAACCGUGUACAAAGGGAAAUGGCAUGGUGAUGUUGCGGUAAAGAUUUUAAAGGUCACCAACCCCACACCAGAGCAGCUACAGGCAUUCAGAAAUGAAGUGGCAGUCUUGAGGAAAACACGACAUGUCAACAUCCUGUUGUUCAUGGGCUACAUGACAAAAGACAACCUGGCCAUAGUGACCCAGUGGUGUGAGGGCAGCAGCCUCUACAAACACAUUCACGUCCUCGAGACGAACUUCAAGAUCAUCCAGCUCAUGGACAUCGCCAGGCAGACAGCUCAGGGCAUGGACUAUCUGCACGCAAAGAACAUCAUUCAUCGUGACAUGAAGUCCAACAACAUCUUCUUGCAUGAAGGGCUGACAGUGAAAAUCGGGGACUUUGGUCUCGCUACGGUGAAGGCAAGGUGGAGCGGCUCCCAUCAGGUGGAGCAGCCGUCUGGAUCCAUUCUCUGGAUGGCUCCUGAGGUUAUCCGGAUGCAGGAUAACAAUCCCUACAGCUUCCAGUCCGAUGUCUAUUCCUAUGGAAUUGUUCUCUUUGAGCUCUUGACAGGAGAGCUCCCAUACUCUCACACAGCAAAUAGAGAUCAGAUUAUCUUCAUGGUGGGGAGAGGCUACCUGUCACCAGACCUCAGUAAACUCUACAAGAACUGCCCCAAAGCCAUGAAAAGGUUGGUGGCAGAUUGCAUCAAGAAGUCCAAGGAUGAGAGGCCGCUUUUCCCACAGAUCUUGUCCUCCAUUGAGCUUCUCCAGCAUGCUCUCCCUAAGAUAAACCGCAGUGCCUCAGAACCGUCCCUGCACAGAGCCUCUCACACUGAGGAUAUCAAUGCCUGCACUCUGACCUCCACCAGACUGCCUGUUUUCUAGAAGCUCAGACAGCACUGCCCCCCCCCCCCCCCCUCCCUUCCUCCUCCUUUGAAAUACUCAAAAAUGCUUGAAUUCUCUUCCUACAGAUGCCAAUAUAGACCUAAAAUGUUCAUGCAAUCAUACAUAAACCCUCGCUAAUCAAUGAAAUACGGAAGGAAGGGAGUGAGCAAUGAUGGAUUGAAGGCUGCCAGGAGAAUCCUCGAGGUAGCUCCUUGCUCCUCGCUGCACUUAUUAAGUUCGCUAAGGCUCCGUGGUGCCGAUGCAUUUGGUAAUGUAAGAUGCAUUUGGUUUUUGUAAAUAUAUGCACGCACACCUACCUAAGACGACAAUAAAUGGACACUGAAGGAAACUCAAGAGAAAGAUGGAUAUGUCUCUUGACUCUGGUUUUGCGAUGUGAAGCACACCCUUCUAUGUGGCCGUCCUGGUUUCUGAUGAAGAGGACCUUUAAAGCUUAAAUGCCUUAAGAGGAAAACAAAGCCUUGACUCAGAUCCUGCACAGUUCACCUCCUCUUCUUAUCACAAACAAAGCCGUUGGAUGUAGUCAAUUUAGUUGCACAGUAGUAGUUUAUUUUUGCAUUGUCUUAAAUGAUAAUGGAGUAGAUAUGGGAAAUUAUUGUCUUUUUGUUAUUUUUCGACUUCUUUUUAUCGUCUUUAUUCUUUGGGUCAUUCUAGAGGAGUCACAGCCUGUUAGACAGCAAGCAUGAGUGGUGAUGGAAAAACUGAAUUUGCACAUUUUAGCAAAAGGUGUUGUUCCAACAGUCUCUGAGUGACCUGCUCUGUAGACUGCCACACAUUCACGUCUGUCCUCACUUUGGGAGGGUCACCAGGAGCUGGACAUUUGGAGGUUGUCUUAAAUAUUUAAAAUGAUUUGGAAACUAAUUUGUAUUUGUUUAUCAUGUCUCUUUCAGGAGGUUAAACGUUUUAUUGUGAACUUGGUGAGAGAGUUGUCUAUUCAAUAUUUUAAUAAAAUUAAGUUAAAUUCCUUUGCCAAAGAA